AUGUGUAAAGAUUUUUGCUGCUCCACUUUCCUGCAAUACGAGGGCAAAGCUGACCCAAGCAUCAUCUGCGACCUGGAUCAUCCCAUCGAUCCCAUCUUCACGCCCCAAAGCCUAAAGCUGUCCAAGGAGGACUUUGCAAAGGCUGCUCCAGCAUUUCGUCUAGCCUCCAGAGCCCUACUAACGGAUGCUGCUACUAAGUAUCUGGUCACUAUGUCUGAGGGCGACCUCUACAUGGAGCGGCCAAAUACUGAGAAACUCGCCAAAGGACGCAAGACUAACUGGCAGGAAGUCGAUCGUUUGGAUGCGACGUUGAUCGGCCUUACAGGAUCACAAAUGCUCGCACAGCGCUUGCGAACACCCUUUGUCAGACUGCUGAAAUACCCACGGGCGUCUCACUCACGUGUCGUCAACCAGGAGAUGCGAUCAAGAGCAGGACGACUUAUCACACGAAUGAUGGAUAUGGUCGACAUCGUCUUCGACGGCUGUCGACCUACUGCUGAGGCUGUGACCAUGUCACUGGAAGGGCCGCUGCCCCAUCAUCUACGGCGCCACUUCCCUCGCGGAUCUCGCUCACAUGUCAGCAUACAAACAAGAAAGUUGGAGCAGUUGGAAGACCCCUCGCAGCCUGGGAUUCGGCAGCUCGAGCUGGCACAAGUCUUGCUACAUGAGUUCGCGCACGCUGUCCAGAUUGCUGUCAAUGGCGAGCGAAUGGAAGAGGCUUACUACAAGAACAACUCUAUGGCCGAAGCUGGGUUCGACUUCACAAGUGCAAUCUUCGGUGGUAUCAUCGAAAUCUCCUGCCCAAGGACCACAGUAUGCAAUACCUUCAAGGAGCGUUUUGCCUGGUCAGGCUCUGAAUCUAGCAUCCGUCAGCCUAUGAUGGCAGUAUGGCCUUCGCCGCUGAAACAGAAGUUAUACGAGUACCUCCAAUGCACUUUCGGAGCUCGUCUGGGCGACCUAAAAACUGAGCGUGUCGUGCAACUGGUUCACCCACUCUCGUUGCCACACAUACAAAGCUUUUUCACCAACGCUUUCUGGGAACAGCAGUCCAGUAAGUACUCGGCGGCUACUAUUACCCUUCGUAACGCGCCAUUUUGGUACGCAGGCCUCGAUUACGUUGAUAAAGAAGCCAAAUCUCAUCUUUUCAUGAGGAUGUGGUCGAUGCACGAUCCCCUGAUCCACGAGCGUUGCCCGGCUGACAUCCACGUAGCUGCUGGAUGGCAAGCGAGGCAUACUUGUAACAAGGAGGACCCAGCCGAUGUCCUUGCGGACUCUCAGGGUAUCUUGUGGCCUAAGAGCAAGAAUCGAGGGCGAAAGCACCGUGAGAAGAGGCGUGCUGCAGCCAUUCCCGUGGACGAGGUGAGGACGGAGGAACCGCUUGUAGGGAGCGACGAACCAGGAUCUGUCUAG